AUGGCUGGUUUAAGAUUUUACAAUUGUGGAACUCAUAAAGUAGUUGCUCAGUCUUACACUUAUAUUUUGAAAACUGAUAUUACUGCUUAUGAAAGUAUGAGAUCAAUUGUAGAUUACUAUGGCUCCUAUGAUUUGGGUGAUUUUUCAUGGGUUGAGUCAUCUCUUAAGAAAGCCAAGUUGUACAAUAUUGAGUUCUUUACAGGAAAAUGUUUUGCAAUUGAUGCUCCCGAUUCUGAUAACUACAUUUAUUUUGGAAUAUCAUGGGGUUUAUAUAUUUCAAUUUUUCAGAUUUGGCAUACCUCAACAGAUCUCAUUACAAAUGUUUUGGGUAGAAAAAUUGUUUAUAAGGCCAAGAAAAAGAGAGAAGGCCAAGGUAAAGAGGAAUUGUGGACACAGGAAAAGAAUUACAAAUACAAUAUGAGAGAAGAUAAGGGAGCAAAUAUAGACGUUGCCAUUCAUGGAGUUUGGUGUGAUUCAAUCAAUAGAAGUGGUUUCUGUAGUUCUGAAAAUGUCAAUCAAAGACAAUUCAAAAAUUUCAAUGUGGUGGACAUCAAUAACAAGCUCAUCAAGAUUAAUUAUGAUACAUUUGAUUUUGAAUAUGAGAAGAAUUCCUUAUUAUUAUUAAGAAAACAAGAUUGGAAGUUGAGUAUUGCUGGUGGAGAUGUCUUCACUCUUAAAUUUAAAGAAAAUACCAAAUACGUACAAGGAACCUUUGAGAAUGGCUCACAGAAGGGCAAAGUAACUGGAAAUAUUCUUGACUGCUACCUUUCCUUUAAUAUAAUACUGCAAAGAGAUGAUGAAGUUUUACAACAACUGUUUAUGGCUGUCUGUGAAUGGUCUCCUACACUCACUCCAAAGCAUGCCAUAAUUGUCAGCACAAGAGGAAUACAAGGAGAAGCCACUCUCUCAAUAUGUUAA